CCCAAAAACGAUGUGUGAAGUAUUUUUUCUAAUUUUACACACAUUUAAGUGCAGGGAUUAUUGAUUAGUAUAAUGCAACUAUGUAUUGUUUAUUUUAUGUUUUGGAUAUUUUCAAAUCAGUAUUUCUCGCACCCACAAACAACAAAGAAGACAAGAGCGAUAAGGAAAACCACAGACGGCGCAGUAGUUGUAUAAGUGCUACUAUCUAGGCGUUAUGAAAUAUCAGCAAGACAUUAAAACAUAAAUCAUAUACAGAUGGAUAGAAGGAGUCAAUUUACUAUAUUUAUCAUAGUUGUCUUUUUGAUAUCCUACACAACGACCGAACAAGAUUGUAGAAAAGUAAUAGACUGUAUAGAGAGUUAUGGUGCUGUUACGUCGUUACCUUUUGUACCAGACUAUGAAAAUUUCAAUCGUAACACAUAUGCAUUGUUCCUCCAAACGCUGUGUAGCAACUUGAAUUAUUACCGAAGCUGUCAGAUAAACAACCACAGUUUGCUGGCAACAUCAUGUCAGUAUAUUAUUGGCGAAUUUGAGGCUGACUUGUCUGUCACUCAGGAAAAAAAGAACGCACUUGGGAAAUCUCAGUGUUCACAAAUCAAUGGCAUGGUAGAUGCAGUUGAUUGUUUGUUAUCGAAUGUCACACUUGAAUCAGCUCUAUCAAGUUGUACAACAGAAAUGUCGACAAACAUACAGACGAACCAUUCAGUGUCAUUAUGCACGAUAGUAACGAUAUGGCAUGACUGUAUCUUUGUAGCUGUACAAGGAACAUGCACAUCUUUAGCAGGACAAUACUGGGAAGCAGUAACAGAAGAAUAUAAAGAUGCCUUCUGUUCAAAAUCUAAGGCCUCUCACGUGACAUGUUAUUGGUUAACUUUUCUUCUUGGUUUGUUUUCAACCAUUUUGCAGAGAUUAACCAAUGUUUAUAUAUGAAAUAAUAAAGUGCGAUACUGUUUUAGUGCUGUUGAUAACAUUGUAUGUUUUAUUUGUACAGUGGACAGUUCCUCUUGUAUUUUGAUUCUGUGGUUCCCAUACGUUUCCGUAUGUUUCUUGUGAAUUUUGAUAUAGAUUAGUGUUUUAAAUCCAGCAAUCCGGUAUGCUAGGUUUCGAUAAAGAUGUAUAUGAAUAAAUUUGCAUGUCUGUU